AUGGCAAGGUUUCAUGUGGUGUUGUUGUGUGCACUAAUUGGUACAAUGCUAGUGCAUGCAAGUUCACGCAAAGUACCUUCUGCUAGUCAUGAUGCUGCUCACCAUGACCAAAAACUUGAGCAUGCAAGUGCACCAAUUGAAAAGCAAGUAUUUGAGCAUGCUAAUGCAGUGUCACCAGCUAGUGGUUCUGUGGGUGUGGGGGAGAAGAAGAACUUUAUAUAUGGUGGUGUGGGUGGGUUUGCGGGUGUGGGUGGGUAUGCGGGUGUGGCCGGGUUGCCAGUGUUGGGUGGUGGUAUUGGAAAAUUUGGUGGAAUUGGUGGGGCGGCAGGAAUAGGUAGUCUUGGUGGUCUAGGAGGUUUAGGUGGUGGAGCUGGUGGUCUUGGUGGACUUGGCGGUGGAGCUGGUGGUAUUGGGGGUGCAGGUGGUGGGCUUGGUGGUGCAGGAGGAGUGGCUUGCUUUGGGUUUGGCGCAUUCCAUGUACCCGGAAUCUGGGUGUCCGAUCCUUAUGGACUAACCGGAAAGGUCCAAUCUGUAAAUCCAGCGUGGGGUGUGGAAGGUUUUGAUCCUUUUGCUCCGGGAGGAAUAGCCUCUCAUCAUAUUGCAGCAGGGACAUUGGGCAUAUUAGCGGGACUAUUUCAUCUUAGUGCUUUUCGUGGUGUUCUAUACCCAUACGAGAGAAGUUUUCAUAAAUCAAUUUUUAAGAAAAUCAAAAAAUACAUUAGUCAUUGUCCAAUGUUAGUAACCGCGUGA